AUGAGAUCCUCUACACCUGUGGAUCUGAAAAAAGACUCAGACUACUCAGGUCGUGUGGAGUAUCGUUUCACUAGGAACUACUGCACUCUGAGAAUCAAAGACCUGAGAGAGAGAGACUCAGCUCAGUACAAGUUCAGGUUCACAACAAACCAACAAGGUGGGAGUCUUACUGGUGAACCAGGAGUCACUUUGACUGUCACAGAUGCUCCAAAGAUUCCCUCUGUGUCACAAAGUCCCCCUGGUGAGGUGAUGGAGGACAGUCCAGUGACUCUGACCUGCAGCAGUGAUGCUAACCCAGCAGCUACUUAUACCUGGUACACGGUGAACGAUGGUCAACUUCCCACUAAAGGAGCCCAGCUUGUCUUCAGGUCCAUCCAGUCCUCUGACUCUGGACAGUAUUACUGUGAAGCUGAGAAUGAGCUGGGAAAGGGGCAGUCUCAAAUCAUCUCCAUUAAAGUGAAAUAUGCUCCAAAGUCUUGUUCUGUGUAUGUGAGUCCAAAUGGUGAAAUCACUGAGGGCAGUUCAGUGACUCUGACCUGCAGCAGUGAUGGUUACCCUGCACCUGAGUAUACCUGGUACAAGGAGUCUGGUCGUGGACUUCAACGUAAAGGAUCAGAGCUAGUCUUCAGUAAGAUUCAGUCCUCUGACUCUGGAAGGUAUUACUGUGCAGCUAAGAAUGAUCAAGGGAGGGGGAGUACAUCUGGAUACACCAAGAUUGAUGUGAAAUAUGCUCCAAAGAUUCCCUCUGUGUCAGUGAGUCCUUCUGGUCCGAUAGUGGAGGGCAGUUCAGUGAAUCUGACCUGCAGCAGUGAUGCUAACCCAGCAGCUACUUAUACCUGGUACAAGAAGAACGGCAACAGGGGAGUUCAACAACUCAGUAAAAACACACAGCUUGUCUUCAGGUCCAUCCAGUCCUCUGACUCUGGAGAGUAUUCAUGUGAAGCAAAGAACAAGCUGAGGACAACAAGAUCCAACUCCAUCUCUAUUGAUGUGAAAUAUGCUCCAAAGCUUCCCUCUGUGUCAGUGAGUCCCUCUGCUGAGAUAGUGGAGGGCAGUUCAGUGACUCUGACCUGUAGCAGUGAUGCUAACCCAGCAGCUAGUUAUACCUGGUACAAGGAGAAUGGAAAUAAAGACCCUCACCUUUCAAGAAAUGGACCACAACUUGUCUUCAGUUCUAUCCAGGCUUCUGACUUUGGACAGUAUCACUGUAGAGCUGAGAACAAGCUGGGGAGGAACACAUCUGAACACAUCACUGUUAAUGUAAAAUAUGCUCCAAAGCUUCCCUCUGUGUCAGUGAGUCCCUCUGAUGAGAUAGAGGAGGGCAGUUCAGUGAAUCUGACCUGCAGCAGUGAUGCUAACCCAGCAGCUAACUACACCUGGUACAAGGAGAAUGAAGACUCACCAAAAGCAUCAGGACAGAUUUUUACUAUCGGCAGCUCAGGACCUGAACACAGUGGGAAUUAUGUUUGUCUUGCUGCAAAUGUCAAGGGACAUCAUAACUCCACUUUACAUCUGACUGUUGUAGCAGGUCCACGGAAACUGAUAGCUGCGGCCACAGUCCCCGUCAUCAUGAUCAUUCUCAUUCUCACCUGUGUUGUCAUAUGGAUCAUGAAAAAGAGGACCUGUAAGCAACAGUCUGAGCCCAGAGAGAGACCAGACAACAGUGAACAGAUCCAACUGGCAGAGCAGCAGAAUGAUCUUCGCUAUGUGACUGUUCACUUUGCUGAAAAUCAGGAGGAUCCUGUUUACUCCAACAUCAAACCAGAUAAACCCAAAAGAAACAAGAAAACAAAGAAGGAAGAAGAAGAAGAAGAAGGAGGGAUGAUGGUUGAGUACUCUGCUGUUAGAUUUAACACCGCCAGAACAGCCCAGAGCGGUCAGGAAACUGUGGAGGAUUCAGCUGCAUUGUACACUACAGUCAACAAACCCACCAAAGUACAUGGACGCAGAAACCUCUAGUCUACUUCAUCCUUUGAAUCCUGAUAAGAAGUCACUCUGAGCAUCAAACUCAAGAUCAUUCGGACAUUGUAAACAGUAAGGCCUGCUUUGCUUUGACUGUGAACGGACAAGGAGAAUCAUCUUUAUAUGUUUUCUCCUUUUGCUCUGAAAUAGUCUUACCAAGUUUUACAUUCCAGUUAAGCAAUCUCUCUUUUUAUUUAAAAAAAAUCUAUUUCUGACUUUUUAUCUUGAAUACAUUUUUAUAUUGCUCUGAAAAAUGAGUAGAUGUUAAUAAACAUAUAGAACACCA